AUGGCAAACUCGACGGGGAAGGCGCCUCCGGACGAGCGGAGAAAGGGACUCGCUUUCCUGGACGAGCUGCGGCAGUUCCACCACAGCAGAGGGUCGCCUUUUAAAAAAAUCCCUGCGGUGGGUGGGAAGGAGCUGGAUCUUCACGGUCUCUACACCAGAGUCACUACUUUAGGCGGAUUCGCGAAGGUUUCUGAGAAGAAUCAGUGGGGAGAAAUUGUGGAAGAGUUCAACUUUCCCAGAAGUUGUUCUAACGCUGCCUUUGCUUUAAAACAGUAUUACUUGCGUUACCUAGAAAAGUACGAGAAAGUUCAUCAUUUUGGGGAGGAUGAUGAUGAGGUACCACCAGGCAAUCCCAAACCACAGCUUCCUAUUGGUGCAAUUCCAUCUUCCUACAAUUACCAGCAACACAGUGUGUCAGAUUAUCUCCGUCAAAGUUAUGGGCUAUCUAUGGACUUCAAUUCGCCAAAUGAUUAUAAUAAACUGGUGCUUUCACUAUUGUCUGGACUCCCAAAUGAAGUGGACUUUGCUAUUAAUGUAUGCACUCUCCUGUCAAACGAAAGCAAACAUGUCAUGCAACUUGAAAAAGACCCUAAAAUCAUCACAUUAUUACUUGCUAAUGCCGGGGUGUUUGACGACACUUUAGGAUCCUUUUCUACUGUAUUUGGAGAAGAAUGGAAGGAGAAGACUGAUAGAGAUUUUGUUAAGUUUUGGAAAGACAUUGUUGAUGAUAAUGAAGUACGUGACCUCAUAUCUGACAGAAACAAGUCUCAUGAAGGUACAUCAGGAGAAUGGAUUUGGGAAUCUUUAUUUCAUCCACCUCGAAAGCUGGGCAUUAAUGAUAUUGAAGGACAACGGGUACUUCAGAUUGCAGUGAUUUUGCGAAAUCUUUCCUUUGAGGAGGGCAAUGUUAAGCUCUUGGCAGCUAAUCGUACCUGUCUCCGUUUCCUAUUACUUUCUGCACAUAGUCAUUUUAUAUCUCUAAGGCAAUUAGGCCUUGACACAUUAGGAAAUAUUGCAGCUGAGCUUUUAUUGGAUCCUGUUGAUUUCAAAACUACUCACCUGAUGUUUCAUACUGUUACAAAAUGCCUAAUGUCAAGGGAUAGGUUUUUAAAGAUGAGGGGCAUGGAAAUUUUGGGAAAUCUUUGCAAAGCAGAAGAUAAUGGUGUUUUGAUUUGUGAAUAUGUUGAUCAGGACUCAUACAGAGAGAUCAUUUGUCAUCUCACUUUACCUGAUGUGCUGCUCGUAAUCUCAACACUUGAGGUGCUAUAUAUGCUCACAGAAAUGGGAGAUGUAGCUUGCACAAAAAUUGCAAAAGUAGAAAAGAGCAUAGACAUGUUAGUGUGUCUGGUUUCUAUGGAUAUUCAGAUGUUUGGCCCAGAUGCACUGGCUGCAGUAAAACUUGUCGAACAUCCAAGUUCCAGUCAUCAAGUUUUAUCUGAAAUUAGACCACAAGCUAUAGAGCAAGUCCAAACGCAGACCCAUGUAGCAUCUGCCCCAGCUUCCAGAGCAGUUGUAGCACAGCAUGUUGCUCCACCUCCAGGAAUAGUGGAAAUAGAUAGUGAGAAGUUUGCUUGUCAGUGGCUCAAUGCUCAUUUUGAAGUAAAUCCAGAUUGUUCUGUCUCUAGAGCAGAAAUGUAUUCUGAGUACCUAUCAACUUGCAGUAAAUUGGCUCGUGGUGGAAUCCUAACAUCAACUGGAUUUUAUAAAUGUCUUAGAACAGUCUUUCCAAAUCAUACAGUGAAGAGAGUGGAGGAUUCCAGUAACAAUGGGCAGGCGCAUAUUCAUGUAGUAGGAGUAAAACGUAGGGCUAUCCCACUUCCCAUUCAGAUGUACUAUCAGCAGCAACCUGUUUCUACUCCCGUUGUUCGUGUUGAUUCUGUACCUGAUGUAUCUCCAAGUCCUUCACCCGCAGGAAUCCCUCAUGGACCACAAACUGUAGGAAACCAUUUUCAGAGGACUCCUGUUACCAACCAAUCUUCAAGUUUGACUGCAACACAAAUGUCUUUUCCAGUACAAGGUGUUCAUACUGUGGCACAGACUGUUUCAAGAAUUCCACCAAAUCCUUCAGUUCAUACCCACCAGCAGCAAAAUGCUCCGGUGACCGUCAUUCAAAAUAAAGCUCCAAUUCCUUGUGAAGUCGUUAAGGCUACAGUAAUCCAGAACUCUAUACCCCAGACAGCAGUUCCUGUUAGUAUUGCUGUGGGAGGAGGAGCUGCACAGAGUUCUGUGGUUCAGAAUCAUAGUACAGGGCCACAGCCUGUUACAGUUGUAAAUUCCCAGACACUGCUUCACCAUCCAUCAGUAAUUCCACAGCAGUCUCCAUUACACACAGUGGUACCGGGGCAGAUACCUUCUGGCACUCCUGUUACAGUGAUUCAGCAAGCUGUCCCACAGAGUCAUAUAUUUGGCAGAGUUCAGAACAUACCAGCAUGUACUUCUACAGUUUCACAGGGUCAACAGUUAAUCACCACAUCACCCCAACCUGUACAAACUUCAUCUCAGCAGACAUCAGCUGGUAGCCAGCCACAGGACACUGUUAUCAUAGCACCCCCACAGUAUGUAACGACUUCUACAUCCAAUAUUGUCUCAGCAACUUCAGUACAGAAUUUUCAGGUAGCUACAGGACAAAUGGUUACCAUUGCUGGUGUCCCAAGUCCACAACCCUCAAGGGUAGGGUUUCAAAACAUUGCACCAAAACCUCUCCCUUCUCAGCAAGUUUCAUCAACAGUGGUACAACAGCCUAUUCAACAGCCGCAGCAGCCACCCCAACAAAGUGUAGUGAUUGUAAGCCAGCCAGCUCAACAAGGUCAAACUUAUGCACCAGCCAUUCACCAAAUUGUUCUUGCUAAUCCAGCAGCUCUUCCAGCUGGCCAGGCAGUUCAGCUAACUGGACAACCAAGCAUUACUCCAUCUUCCUCACCAUCACCUGUCCCAGCUACUACUAACCAGGUCCCUACUGCCAUGUCAUCUUCUUCCACCCCUCAACCACAGGGACCACCUCCUACUGUCAGUCAAAUGCUGUCUGUGAAAAGGCAGCAACAGCAGCAGCAUUCACCAGCACCUCCACAACAGGUACAAGUACAAGUUCAGCAGCCACAACAAGUACAGAUGCAAGUUCAACCACAGCAAACGAAUGCAGGAGUUGGUCAGCCUGCUUCUGGUGAGUCGAGUCUGAUAAAACAGUUGCUGCUUCCAAAGCGUGGUCCUUCAACUCCUGGUGGUAAGCUUAUUCUCCCAGCUCCACAGAUUCCUCCCCCAAAUAAUGCAAGAGCUCCUAGUCCUCAGGUGGUGUACCAGGUGGCCAAUAACCAAGCAGCAGGUUUUGGAGUGCAAGGGCAAACUCCAGCUCAGCAGCUAUUGGUUGGGCAGCAAAAUGUUCAGUUGGUCCAAAGUGCAAUGCCACCCACUGGGGGAGUGCAAACCGUGCCCAUCUCGAACUUACAAAUAUUGCCAGGCCCGCUGAUUUCAAAUAGCCCAGCAACCAUUUUCCAAGGGACUUCUGGCAACCAGGUAACCAUAACAGUUGUGCCAAAUACAAGUUUUGCAACUGCAACUGUGAGUCAGGGAAAUACAACUCAGCUCAUUGCUCCAGCAGGAAUUACCAUGAGCGGGACCCAGGCAGGAGUUGGACUUCAGGUGCAAACGCUUCCAGCCACUCAAGCAUCUCCAGCUGGACAAUCAUCAUCUUGUACCACUGCUACUCCCCCAUUCAAAGGUGAUAAAAUAAUUUGCCAAAAGGAGGAGGAAGCAAAAGAAGCAACAGGUUUACAUGUUCAUGAACGUAAAAUUGAAGUCAUGGAGAACCCGUCCUGCAGACGAGGAACCACAAACACCAGCAAUGGGGAUACAAAGGAAAAUGAAAUGCAGGUGGGAAGUCUUUUAAAUGGGAGAAAAUACAGUGACUCAAGUCUACCUCCUUCAAACUCAGGGAAAAUUCAAAGUGAGGCUAAUCAGUGCUCACUAAUCAGUAACGGGCCAUCGUUAGAGUUAGGUGAGAAUGGAGCAUCUGGAAAACAGAACUCAGAACAAAUGGACAUGCAGGAUAUUAAAAGUGAUUUGAAAAAACCUCUAGUUAAUGGAAUCUGUGAUUUUGAUAAAGGAGAUGGUUCUCAUUUAAGCAAAAACAUUCCAAAUCACAAAACUUCCAAUCAUGUAGGAAAUGGUGAGAUAUCUCCAAUGGAACCACAAGGGACUUUAGAUGCCACUCAGCAAGAUACUGCCAAAGGUGAUCAACUAGAAAGAACUUCUAAUGGACCUAUAUUAACUUUGGGUGUUUCACCAUCUGUGAGCAGUAUACAGGAGGCCUCAAAUGUGGCAACACAGCAGUUUAGUGGUACUGAUUUGCCUAAUGGACCUCUAGCUUCAAGUUUGAAUUCAGAUGUGCCUCAGCAACGCCCAAGUGUAGUUGUCUCACCACAUUCUGCAACCUCUGUUAUACAGGGGCAUCAAAUCAUAGCCGUUCCCCACUCAGGAUCAAGAGUGUCCCAUUCUCCUGCCCUGUUGUCUGACGUUCGGUCUACAAAUGGCACAGCAGAAUGCAAAACUGUAAAGAGGCCAGCAGAGGAUAAUGAUAGGGAAACAGUCACAGGAAUUCCAAAUAAAGUGGGAGUUAGAAUUGUUACAAUCAGUGACCCCAACAAUGCUGGCUGCAGUGCAACGAUGGUUGCGGUGCCAGCAGGAGCAGAUCCAAGCACUGUAGCUAAAGUAGCAAUAGAAAGUGCUGUUCAGCAGAAGCAGCAGCAUCCACCAACAUACGUACAGAAUGUGGUCCCACAGAACACUCCAAUGACACCUUCACCAGCUGUUCAAGUUCAGAGCCAGCCUAACAGUUCUCAGCCUUCUCCAUUCAGUGCAUCUAGUCAACAUGGAGAUCCAGUGAGAAAACCUGGGCACAACUUCAUGUGUCUAUGGCAGUCUUGUAAAAAGUGGUUUCAGACCCCCUCACAGGUUUUCUACCAUGCAGCAACUGAACAUGGAGGAAAAGACGUAUAUCCAGGGCAGUGUCUUUGGGAAGGUUGUGAGCCUUUUCAACGACAGAGGUUUUCUUUCAUCACUCACUUACAGGACAAGCACUGUUCAAAGGAUGCCCUGCUUGCAGGAUUAAAACAAGAUGAACCAGGACAAGCAGGAAGUCAAAAAUCUUCUACCAAGCAGCCAGCUGUAGGGGGCACAAGCUCAGCUCCUAGAGCACAAAAGGCCAUUGUGAAUCAUCCCAGUGCUGCCCUUAUGGCUCUAAGGAGAGGAUCAAGAAAUCUUGUCUUUCGAGACUUUACAGAUGAAAAAGAGGGACCAAUAACUAAACACAUCCGACUAACAGCUGCCUUAAUAUUAAAAAACAUUGGUAAAUAUUCAGAAUGUGGUCGCAGAUUAUUAAAGAGACAUGAAAACAACUUAUCAGUGCUAGCCAUUAGUAACAUGGAAGCUUCCUCCACCCUUGCCAAAUGCCUUUAUGAACUUAAUUUUACAGUUCAGAGUAAAGAACAAGAAAAAGACUCAGAAAUGCUGCAGUGAAAAAUAAUUCCACUUCUAUAGUGGGGACUCAAAGUCAGAUACAUUUCACAUACUGUUACUGAAGAAAGCACCAAGUCUUAAUGGAACAGAGACCAUAGAAUGAAUUAUUUUAUCUCCUCCCAUGAUGCUGAGGGGAAGCUUCGUAUUCUGAUCUCUGAGCGAAUCCCUUUGUUCUCUGUUUAAAAAAAUCUAAGAAGAAAAAAAAAAAACUGCUGUGGGAUUGUCAACCAGCUUAUCUGCAGGAUGUCUCUCAGAUCUGAUAGAUCCUGAUGGAAACUGGUAUGAUCAGAAUUCAGUACCAUCCACAUUGGAAAUAUACAUGGAAUAUUGUAAAACCUACAUGAGCAGAUGAAAUAGAAGCAUUAAAUAUUUUUAUCUAUAUCCAAAAAGGAGCACAUUUUUAUAUUUACAAAACCGUUUAAGCUGGUUUGAAUAAUUAAAAAGUUUCAGCACACCUAUACCCCCUGAUCUCAGAGGGGGCCACCAAUAUCUAGCUAUGGAUUGUGUGUUUUGUUUAGAAAUCAGUAGCUUGGUUUUCUUACUUGAGCCAAUAUAUUUUCACUUAUUUAUUAUCAUAAAAAUUUACCAGUCUGAAUAGAUCUUGUAAAUAUUUGUGAAUAGAAUGAACACCUUUCA